UGAAUUUCCUGGCUGAAUAUGGGCUGAAACAUGAGCGGCUGGAUCUGCUGCUUCCUGGUUUGUGCAUUUCAGCGGGGGAGAGAGACAGACAGACAGACAGACAGACAGGGGGAAUCUCUUUGUUUCUGUAGAAAAGGGGAGGGGCACAGCAGAAAGCAAUGAUAAUUGAAAAGUUAAUUUGCUGAUCCGUAGCACUAUCACAUGAGAAGGGAAAAUGGAUGAAUUCCGUGGAAAAGUCAUCAGUAAUGAUGACCUCGUGCAGUUCCGGCAGCAGUUGGCUCGGUAUGAAGACCACCAGUUGGAAACAUUCUAUAAGUAUUUCCGGGAGGAUCUGCUCUAUAUCAUCGAGUCUCUGGACACCCAGAGUAUCCUUAGGGAGCUGAACUUCCGAAAUCUCAUCUCUCCGGAGUACUAUCAGUCUAUAAAGAAGCAAUGUGGCGCCUCUGCGUUUGCUGAGAUGCUGUUAGAAGACAUUCAUACAUCUGGGAGAGACGCCGUGCUGGGAUUCUGGGAAAGUCUCUAUGUGCUACAGAAUGAACACCCUCACCCCAACCUGCUGGGGGCGCUGGAUGAACUUAUUGAAACAGGUGCUGUUCUGGAGCAGACGAUUACUUUAGAUAGAAAUGGACCUGAUCUACCUGCUGAUCUGAAAGCCUGCCGGUUACAGCACAAACAGAAUCUUCUAAAGAAAACUGAGAACCUGGUGGAACACAGAGCCCCAGGAUUAACCACUGAGAGUCAGAGUUUCAGUAUCACUGAGCGCUAUUUAGACCUCAUAGUUGUCUCCAGCCAGCACUUCCGGUCUCGUCCUCAGCACGAGCUUAUUGCAACAGGGGGAAUCCAUGAACAUUACUUACAGAGAGCUCAGAGUAACCUGGAGAGGAUUAGCCCUAACCGGCUGUUCCGCUGGUGCCACAGAAAGAGAUGUGUGCCACAGGCAGUGCUGGUGAGCGGAGUGCCAGGGGUGGGGAAAACCACAUUAAUGCAGAAGUUUGUCUAUGACUGGGCCAAUGGGAACCUCUACCAGAGAUUUGCCUUUGUCUUCUUCUUCAAAUUCCGGGAUCUCAAUAAGGAGGAGCUGAGCCUGGCACAGAUGAUUAUUAAUGAAUAUCCCUAUCUACACAGUCAGCUCGAGGGAAUCUUUCAAAAUCCUGCACAACUGCUGUUUAUUUUUGAUGGCUUGGAUGAAAGCAAAGAUCAAAUUGAUUUAGAGCAGGAACAACUGUGCACCAACCCCUGUUCCAUACAGACAGUUAGUGUGAUUGUGUCCAGUUUGGUGAGACAGUCUCUCCUUCCCGGCUGCUCUGUCCUAAUAACCAGUCGCCCAACCAGACUAGCAACAGUGGAAACUUCUAUUUUUAACAGAAUAUCUGAAAUUAUGGGCUUUUUCCCCAAAGAGAGAGAAAAGUAUUUUUUGCAUUUUUUUAAAGAUUAUACAAUGGCGGAGAAGGCUUUCCAUUAUGUGAGGGAGAACGGGAUGCUGUACACAUUCUGCUACAUCCCAUCCUACUGCUGGAUCAUCUGUACCGUCUUAUCCAUGUGCUUCAGGGCCCAAAGGGCAAACUCAGCGCAGACUGUGGAAUUUCUUCCCAAAACGGUCACACAGCUUUAUGCCAGUUUUUUAAGUAACAUCCUUGCCAAUCACUGCCAGGCAGUGUCUAUUGAUAAGAAUUUCCUGAUAUCCAUUGGCCGGAUGGCAGAGUAUGGGGUAAAUAGUCGCAUUCUUUCAUUUACUAAAAAAGAUUUAGCUGUAUAUAGUGUGGAUGCUUCCUCACAUUUAGCUACAAGCUUUGUGAUGGAGAGUGGGCAGCCUCCCCACGUGUCCUAUUCCUUCUUGCAUCUAACCAUACAGGAGUUCAUGGCUGCCUUGGGUCACUACCUUGACUAUUCCCCUGAGGGGCUGCAGAAGGCUCUUGAGGAGGCAAAAUCAAAAGAAGACGGCCGUGGGGAAAUAUUCCUUCGUUUCAUAUCAGGACUCUCUGACAGUUCCACCAGAUCCCUGUUGAAGCCGUAUGUAGGGGAUUUAUCCGCUCCAGCCGCCAAACAUGUUAUCUGCUUUCUCCAGAAGUCUAUCACCACUCUACAGAAUCCUGACAACAGGAAAGUUCUCAAUGUAUUUGCCUGCCUCGCUGAGUCCCGGAACAAAGCUCUUGUGUCCUCAUCCAUUGGAUCAAACAAGCAAUUUCAGUUUUCUGAAUUUUACCUGGCGCCUCUGGAUUGCACAGUGUUGGCUUUCAUCCUGGAAUCCUGUAGGGAAACAGAACUUCUAGACCUUGGUACCUGUUUUAUUCAGACUGAAGGACUGGAGAGAAUAUCAGCUGCUCUACACACUGUUAGGGAUCUCAGACUCACCAACAAUAAUCUGAGGGACGAGGACGUGCCGUGCCUUUAUUCCAUAUUAACUCACCUGCAGUGCCGGAUCCAAAAGUUCAGCCUGAGGAACAACGGCCUGACGGAGACAAGCUGCCUCCCAAUGGCUUUGGCAGUCAGUGAAAACACAUCCCUGAGGGACCUGGAUCUGUCCAAGAACAAACUGGCCGGGGAUGAUUUCUAUCAGUUGUUGGAGGUUCUGUCUGCCCCAACGUGCAGGAUAGAGCGUUUGGCACUCCAGGAGGCCAAGCUGACCCCAGAAUACACCGAGUCGUUCCUCUCCCUGACUAACAACCCCAACCUCGUGUCCCUCAAUAUCAGCAGCAAUUUCUUUGGCAACGCUGGUUACCCCCAUAUACAGAAACUGAUACUGGAGCACCCCAGCCUGAGGGAGAUCAAGGUGGGGAUGAACGAUUUUUCGGAAGAAACAGAAAGGAACCUGCUGCAGCUGCAGAGACGCAGGCCGGAAGUGGCCAUUCACUUAUGAUGGGCAGGAACAAGCAGGAGCGGUGGUGCAACUAGACCCCCCCAACCUUGCAGAAAAAUCAUUGUAGAGCUCCCCUAAACUUUAGGAAUAAUACAUAUUUUAUAAAAUUGUGCUUAUUGGUCAGUUUUUCUACUGGGCCACCAGUGAGCGGAGCUUCUUACCUUGGCACACAAAAGCUGCAUGCAUACAGCACGUUAAUUAUAGAGGUUUAUACACAGAUAAAGUGCCUGAAUGACUGUAUAGUAUAUCUAACUGUAUUUCAUAUUUGGACAUUUUUUACAGCCCCAGUUUUUUUAAUUUCAAAAGAUAAUUGCCUGUAUUUUGCCCAGUUUUUCAACUCCUGCAUUUGAAUCUAAGAACAAAAUAACCCAACCAUUGUAUGUGGCCAAUCAGUGGUGCUGCAGGCAUCCACCCCUCCAUUUCAGUGCUGCCCAGAUACACAUUAUUGGUCACUGGUGUUUUGAAAUUUGUGAUUUAAAUGCAUCAUACGAUUUAGUACACAAUUAGGUGGUGUAGGACCACCUGACGACCUCGCCAGGCGAGUGGAUCUUUACGGCCACCUUUAGUACUCUAUCUUGGAUCCUUGUUAGUGUAUCCAGAUCAGAUCUUCUCCUGAUAUCCCCACCUACGGGUGGGCAACAUUGGGGGAAUUUAGGCUAAUUUGGUCAUUUGGCCCUGGGGCCAACCGAUCGAAUUAUAACGUCUGGAAUAGGUGCAGACGGUUCAGGGACCUCAUCAACGAGUUGAUGCGGUCCCCGAUCUGACUGAAUUUUUUAACCUCCCCGAUCAAUAUCGG